AUGUGGUGGCGUUGGGUGGUGGUGACGGUCUUGGUGACGGUGGUGGUGACCACGGUCGCCGGCAAGGGGAAGAAACAUCGACAUCACAAGCCAGGUACACAAAAUAAACAGCGUGUGUUUAGGAAGGGUACACCAUUCCUAGAACACGAGGUGGUGAUGCCACUGACAACGAUCCGGAUCCUGUUACGGAUCCAUUACGGAUCGACCACCGAUCCAUCAGCUCCGGCCACCAGCGUUAUCGGAUACCACAAGAAUAUGUAA